AAUGGAAAUUAUAUUUUCUUUGUUACAGACAGUAGGACAACGAAGAUGUCCGCGUUCAACGUCGUUGUGGGUUGCAUAAUGGCCCUACUUAUUAUACUGUUUACCAUCAGCUCUAUGGCCAGAUAUUAUAUAAAGUUCACUUUAUUUGUAGUGCUGUCCUUGGUAUUCGCAUCAGCACCUUUGCCAUUGAUGUUUUUGAAGCCAUUCGAUCCAAAAAAUGCUUUGAUACCAGCAGCGUUACUAAGGUGGACCGCUCGCUCAUUGGGUAUCCGUUGGACUGUGCGUGGACUGGAAAACAUAGACAACACUAGAGGUGCAGUGGUACUGAUAAACCACCAGAGCGGGCUCGACCUCUAUGUUUUAGCAGUGAUAUGGCCUCUGAUGGCUCGGUGUACGGUGGUGGCAAAGCGCUCGCUACAAUACAUGGUACCGUUUGGUACUGCUUCCUGGAUGUGGGGAACAGUGUUCAUUGAUCGAGGGGCGCAGUCGGCACGAGAGGCUCUCAACAAACAAGCGGAGGCCAUAAAGAACGAGAAGCGGAAGCUGCUACUAUUCCCUGAAGGCACGAGACACAGUGGCGAUAAAUUGUUGCCGUUUAGGAAAGGCGCAUUCCACGUAGCCAUGGCAGCAAAUGCACCUGUUCAACCAGUUGUCGUCUCCAAAUAUCACUUUUUAGAUUCGAAACGCCGCAGAUUUGACUCAGGUGAAAUUAUAAUAACAAUAAUGCCAAUGAUCGAGACUGAGGGAAUGGAAACGGAGCACCUUACAUCACUUAUCGAGAAAGUACAACUGAAUAUGCAAGAGGAAUUCACGAAGACCUCAAUGGAGACAAAGGCGUGGCGCACCAAACUGGUACACGACAAAUGAGGUAGUUCAAUGACAGGCCGAAAUUCUAAUGAACUGUGAUAAAAAUACAAAAAUUCGUUGUUUAUCGUUAUAUUAUUGUACAAGUUUUGUAAAUAUUACUUACGUUAUACAAAGAUUAUUUAAAUUAUUAUCGUUUAUUUUUAAAUAAAAAUAUUUCUUCCUGUAUAUUUUUUUUAUUAAAAGACUUCACAUAUGAAAAUAUGGAAAAAUAGUUACAUAUUUCAAUGCCAAUGUCUCAAUAAAUUAUACACAAGUUUAAAUUUAAUACUAUUAAUCACAAUGUUCGGGAUUACUACACACACUUUGGUGAUUAUAAGACUUUAAUCGAAAUUACAUACAAUGAUUUAUAUAUAAGUCCACAUAGCAGACAUGUAUUGCAUAAGAUAUGGUUACAUUAUAAGUUAUAAAAAUCUUACCAAGCGUAAAAUAAGUAUGACUCAUCUUGCACUUUCAAAUGUAGAUGGAAGCAGCAAACCAAAUUUAAGACGGGUGUCAUUUUGGGCUCCAAAUUGAGUAAACUUCAUUUUGGUCAAAAUUAAGAUAAACAGUUGAUGGUAAAAAAAUAGUUUAAGCCAAAAUGACAUAUACGACUUUUGAAGUCAAGGU